GCGAAGGCCAGUUGAAAAAAGAAGGAUUUUUUGAUAAAAUCAAAGUAUAUACAUGUAAUAAAAUUUCAUUGAUGAAUGUCUUUUUACAAGAUACUCCUAUAUACACCUACUCCCUCCAUCCACUUAUAUAGGGCCUAAUACAUUUUUAAAGGUAGCCUCUGACCAAUGAUAAAAUUAUUAGUAUAUGAGAUGUACUCCUUCUAUUUUUAUUUAGUCUGCGUAUUAGUUUUGGUCAAAAUCAAGCUUUGUAAUUUGACAAAGUUUAUAAACAAAAAUAUCAACAUAUAUAUAAAAAAUCAGUAUCAUUAAAUUCAUUAUUGAAUGUACUUUCAAAUCAUAUAGAUUUGUUAUGGUAAAUGUUUAUAUUUCUUUCUAUAAACUUGGUUAAACUUUAUGAAGUUUGACUUCAGUUAAACCUAAUAUGCAGAGUAAAUAAAAACGGAGGGAGUAUGAUAGACAAAUUACAUCAUUAGAAACUCUUUUCGCAUACGAAUUUGAUGGAAUGCUUUGUGUAACAUGCAUGCCAUAUAUUAUUGUGCUAACGGUGGUCAAUGAUGACCUUAAAAAAUGAUCAGGCCCUAUAUACGUGGGUGGAAGGAGUAAUAAUAUUUUGACCAAUGCUAUAAAUGUUUCAGCCAAGUCGUCAAAACUGCUAUAUUUAAACUGCAGGAUGAAAUAACCAAGAUAGUACUUGAGACGUACUCACGACAUCCCCAACACUGACCCCAAAAUGCCUGCUCCUUCCAGACCGACGGUUCGGACACCGCAAGCCAUCCAAUGUCGAUGCCCAUCGGUCUACGGAGCAGUCUAAACCGUUUUGUUCAUGCAAACCGGAACGAAAACAUGUGAUGCUUUCCGGCGGUCCGGACACCAAUCACAUUGAACUCCGACACCCUAGGUCCACCCAAAACUAAGUCGGAGCCCGCGCUUCCGUAGUUGGACGCACUGUUUCUGUCGGGGGAUAACCCCCGGGUAGGCUCGGGAGUACAAGUUACAAGUCAACUUUUCGAAACAUUGGGAUGGCUCGAGUUCCUAAGUCCGGCUGGCCCUCCAGCCGGCCCCUCCGCGGGAGGCCGGUUGGGCACGACGCCAUGUCGAAUCCCGCCAUAUGACAAGACCUCUCCCACGUCGUGCACAUCGUGGCUACAGUGCCACUGGUAUCGCUGACCGGGGCGAAUGACAUCAGCGCGGCUCGGCACUGUGGAGGCCCAGUGCCAACCACUCCGUGACGCCCUGACCUACUGGCUACAGUGACGUGGAGCCGGCGGGCACCACUGGAGGCCAGGGACGCUGGCAACAGGGCCCAUCACUCUUUCAUUAUCAUUUGUAACCUCAGAGGUCCAAGUAUAAGACAUCCCAGGAGUCCCCCAAUGAGGGGAAGAAUUUGCCACGCCCCGCAAUUUUUUUAAAGGCCGUGGUCCGAUACGGUAUCUGUUCGGACCACUUUUUUCGCGCAAAACUGUAAACCGACGGUUAUUCUACAGUUCGGCGCGAUAUAAGAGGUCUGUUAGAGAUGCUCUAAGCGCGAGAUGCUCUAAGCGCGACAUGAAUCACGCUGCCGGCGAGUGGCCAUAGUGGGCAGCGCAUGUGCUUGCCCUGUGAAUUUUUGGUAUAGUUUAUUUAGAAUGUACAUAGUUUGAUUCAUGUAUGAUGUAGUAGGAGAAAGAACGCUCCCUCUCGCGUCGCCUCCCCCGCGGGCGGCUCGGGAGGGCUCAGCCGCCGCCGCCUAGUAACCCUCCAGCGCCCUUCUCCCCCUCCGCCUCUGCCGAUGGUCGGCGCUAGGCAAAGCCUGUGUGUGCGAUGGCGGCGGCGGAGGGUCUCUCCUCCCUCUCCGGGAUCCACGGCGGCGCGGUCGUCCUGGUCCGCGGGGUGCGGCUCUCUCAACGGUGUGGCGGAUCCCGAAGGCGGCGGGCUCGCGGCGGUGCACGGGCGUCUAGAUCAACUCUCGGCAGCGUGCGGGCUCCCGGCGGCGGCGGGAUAGGUUGACGACGGGCUUGGGCGAUGGCGCCGGCCGCGCGGUGCCGGAUCUCGUCGCUUGUGGCGGAUCUCGCCACUCCGGCCAUCAUGGAGGAACCUGGACCUGGGGCGGCGGCCCCGUUAGGCAUGGCGACAGCGCCCUCGGCUGGCGACGUUCGCGGGGUGGAUGGAUGGCGUCUUGACCGCGCGGAUGGUGAGGUGCCGGUGGAUCUCCUCCGCACUGCAGGCUCUCUCCUGCUACACUUGGUGGCUUACGAUCGCGGUCGUCGGCCUCAGUGCGUUCGCGGGGGCUGGUAGAGGUGCCAACGGACGAGAGGAAACUUUGGAUGACUCGUUCAUCCCGACGGCGGCGACGACCUGGGUCGCCGUUCUCCUCCUUGCAGGCGCCAUCGAGGUCCCUGCGCUCCACCACGACCCCAUGGACGGGUGAAAACCCAAUAUCUCCUUAGAUUGGGCGGCGGCGGCACUGUGUGUGUCAUACCCUUUUUGGAGGCGCCGCCUGGGGUGUUUGGGUGCUAGGUUAGAGGAACAUGUGGGGAAGGAUCGUGAUUGAUCACAGAUGCUCCUAUCUCUUUGACUACAACUACCUUCCCGUGGCCACAUUGUCUCCUAGGAGACGUUUUCUCUCUCACAACCACAACUCCUCACACAUGUUUAUUUGUCUCCACGCUAGCACUGUCCCAGCUCAUAUUUAUUUCCCUCCACGCUACAACGUGCUCUCUCUCUCUCUCUCUCUCUCUCUCUCUCUCUCAUGACAAGACUUUAGUGCCUCGCCCCUGCUCUCUCUCUCUGAUAUGACCAGACUUUAGUGCCUCGCCCCUCCCCCGCCCUGUAUAAGUUGAGUGGCUAGCGCCAGUGCGAGCACACAGCAACAGCACGCACAGAUGGCUGCUUAUUGUUUAGGGUUAGUGUCCCUCUAGAGAUCUCGUUCAAGACGUCCAAGUGUGUCGAGGUUUUCAUCCUCUCUCUCCCCUCUAUCUCUCUUCCUUUCCUUUUCUUGUUCUUGGAUUAUGGUUUAGGUUAGCCUUCCAUGUGUGUCGAGGUUUUCUUGUUCUUGGAUUAUGGUUUAGGUUAUUUCUUGCAGAUCUAGAGAUCUCGUUCGUCUUGAGAUUUUUCUUGUUCUCUAUUUUUUAUGUAUGUUCAUCUUGCACUGCAUUUGCAUUGUUAGUCAUCUCUAACAGUCCAUCUCUCUCUUGCAGAUCUAGAGAUCUCUGUUGGUUUUUUCAUCAAGUGUGUUUCUCAUCCUCUCUAAAGUGUCCCCCCUCUCUUUUCCCUCCUCUCUCUCUACAAUUCUUUUUCUUGUUCAUAAUUUUGGAUUAAUCCAUCUUGUUUGCUCACCUCAGAAAUGCCAAAGCCGAAGAAAGCCUGGUUUCAUGGUGCAGAUAGUUUUGAAACUCGUACUACACUUGAGGCAGACCGAGGAUUCCUUAACCUCUUGGACCAGACGCAAGACAAUCUCAGGAAUGCACGAAACAAUGCGCCAAACAUGACGACGAAAGUCUUGGGUGGGUUUGUUAGAACCUUCUACUUUGAUGAAGAAUCUAAUGCUGAUGUCAUUGACGGCGUAAUGCAAAUUGAGUAUGAUCUAGAACAGUUCAGAGUAUACCCUAUCACAGUAGUGGUCUUAGAGCAUAAGGACAACUCUAGUGAGAUUGGAGAUGCAAUUGUUGGGCAUACUCAAAAGCUUUCUGGCUAUGGUGGUGACUUAAUUGUGCGAGCAUAUUUCAGUGCGUUUGCCCAUAAAAUCCAGAAAUAUAUAGUGGCCUACGAGCCAUUCGCCCGGUCCUCAAUUUGGGGAAUACGCAACCCGGCAUUUUUUUCUGCUGAUGGCCUACAGCUGGACUUGACAGAAUAUUGGCGAAAAAGGAUGAGGUCAUUCAUAAAACUUCUCCAUUACGCGGCACAGCGCGAAAUCAGACAUGGUAGUCUCUCGAGCCCUAGCAGCUACGUGACUUGUCGUGGAGAUCAGAGGAUAAUUAAUAUGGGGCGAGUUUAUCAUGACAAAUACGAAGCCGGGAAAGACAUGGAGGAUCUUAUGCAUCUUAUAUCUAGACUAUUCCCUGACAGUUCGACUAAAUAUGAGUGGGUAUCCCUUAAGAAUCUUCUGAUUUCAAAGACCAUGAGUGACCCAGCAACAGUCCAGAAUUUCCUUCGUAUUGCCUUGGGGCACCCAAUUUUAUUGGACACCGUAUAAGAAAAACUGGAAUGCUUUGUAACUCUCCAUGAAGGUGUGAUGGAUCUGGACGAUGCUUCGGGGCACAGAGCUAGGUUCUCAAAUAGGAUUCACCGUGACUACCCCCAGUUGAGAAGGUUCUUCUCUAGUGACCUCCAGGAUAAAGUGGCUAGCGAGUAUGAUUUCCGUUUUCGAAGACUUGUUCCGUGGAACAAGCUCUACUACCGCCUCUUUACAUUCCGACACGCCAAUUAUUUGGUACUGAAAGCAAACACUAACUAUGGGAGGGGGCCACCACAUGAGUAUCCAAUGAAUCAGUUCCUAAAGGACCUUCGAUACAAUAUUUGGUCACCUAGGUAUGGUGAACGAUACAUCUAUAUCAAUAUCAUCAGGUUGGUUCAGAACCUGAUAAAGCAUGGAGCUGAAUACUGUGCGCAAUUUGGGGAUCUGAAUGAUCUCCUCACUGAGAUCAAAACUCAUUUUAGCCAUAAUAUGUGUGCUUGCUAUACCCUCCUAAAUACGAAGAAGGAUUGGAUUACUACGCCGUCGUUCGAGCCAUAUGGACGACUGCCUACACAGAUGAUGUGAGAUCAGGACGAAGAAGUGGCCGGACCUCAACAGCAACCGGAGAUUCUCUGAGUAUGGAUGCGAGAUGGACGGCAGUGGCUUGAGCCGUUAGGUCGGUCUCUUUGGUACUUGUGCAUCUUUGCUCAGUGCCUCCUUAUCAGCGUUGCGUCGCUUGUAUCGGUCUAUGUGACCAUGUAUCGGAUUAGUACACCUCUAUAUCUAGCUUAUGUGCGCUGAGUCGCAUUUGUUUGGUCCCUCGGACUUUGUAACUUUUCAUUGGAAUCUUGCCUUGACUUAAGGGCCUCAUUUUUAAAAAGUGCGGAUUCUUCCCCAGCUAGGAAUAUUAAUGGUUAAGCCCGUGCAUUUAUCUCGUUGAA